GAGCUCUUCGUUCUCUCUCUAACAGCACAGCCCAGAAGACACUGAGAGAGAAAGAGAGAAAGAGAGAGAGAGAGAGCGCAUGAGUUGAUUGUUCGUCCAACUUCAGUAAUCACUCCUUUUCCAACGAUGAAUCAACCUGUUCAGAAGAACACUCUCUACGUAGGGGGUCUAGCGGAGGACGUGAACGAGUCGAUACUGCACGCGGCGUUCAUACCGUUCGGGGACAUUAAAGACGUCAAGACGCCGCUGGACCAGGCCACCCAGAAGCACAGGUCGUUCGGCUUCGUUACCUUCUUGGAGAAAGAGGACGCCGUCGCCGCCAUGGACAACAUGGACGGCGCAGAGCUCUACGGCCGUGUUCUCACCGUCAAUUACGCCCUGCCCGAGAAAAUCAAGGGUGGGGAGCAGGGUUGGGCCGCUCAGCCCCUUUGGGCGGAUGCUGACACAUGGUUUGAGCGGCAGCAACAAGAAGAGGAAAUGCAGCGUAUUCAGGCAGAGAAUAAAGCUACGAUGGAGGAAGCCGAGGAACUUCAUAGAAAGAAAAUGGCCCAGGAGCGAGAAGGUGAAAAAGAAGAAGAGACAGAGGGCAGGGUCGACCCAAUGGCGAUGGCGGAAGCUGAGGUUUUGAAAGUUGAAGCAGAUUAGUGGAGCAACGCUGGAAAAACCAUUAGGGUUUCAUUCCCUACGAUUGCUUUUUCAGCUCCAAUGGAUUCAUACUAUGGGAACAAAAUGUAAUAGAUGUUGGAGAUUCAACCAGUUACAAUCAUAGAGUUCAACCAGAAAAGAUAUAGGCUAUUGGAAGUAUUGUGGCUGAAAACCAGUAUGGUAUUUGUGUGAAUGAUCCAGUGGUAUUAUACUUUAAUCUGCAUUUUUCUAA